CCUCUCUCUUCCUGAGCUGGAAACCACCGGAGGUUGCCACAAGUUACACUGAAGACUGAAGCGAGAGCUGGGUCAGGUAAAGAAAGCCCUUGCUGGGAAGGGGCCGACAGACUCCCACCUUAUCCCCAGAUAACAAAGAAGGGCAAAGCUGUAUAAAAGGAGUGGGCAUCCCCCGGCGUCCACAGACUGCUCAACACAGGACCAAAGGGCCGGGAAGGAGGGAGACAGAUGAUUCCGAAGCAGGAGCUCAGGUGACCACUCUAGCUGCACUGGACCUGCACAACUAUGGCCUCCUGCCCAGACUCAGAUAAUAGCUGGGUGCUUGCCGGCUCUGAGAAUCUGCCUGUGGAGACUCUGGGCCCAGAACCCAGAAUGGACCCAGAAUCUGAGGGAGCCUCCCAGACCCUUCGAGACUCUUCCAAGGCAGAUGGCAAAGAAUUAGCUGGGACCUUGGAUGGCGAAGAGAAACUUUUCCAGACGGAAAGUUCCCAGACUGAAAGUACUGCUCUGCCGGAGGAGUCUGAGGCCAAGGACACUCUGGGGAGCGAUGGUCAUGGGACGACGGAGCCCCCCGGAGACACAGUGGUCCAGGAAGAUUUGCAGGAGACGUCUGUAGUGACGAGCCUUGGACCAGACACACAGGACCUGGAGAGUGAGAUCCCUCCACAGAGCCUGCCCUCAAGUCCCAGAGCAGUUUGGAAAGAGCAUGGCUGCUCCAGCAGUGACGACGACACCGAUGUAGAUGUGGAGGGUCUGCGGAGACGGAGGGGCCGGGAGCCCAGCCCACCCCAGCCCAUGGUACCGGUGGAUGUGGAGGACCAGGCCAAGGGCGAGGGUGGAGAGCUGGGCAUCUCCCUCAACAUGUGUUUCCUGGGCGCCCUGGUUCUUCUGGGCCUGGGGAUCCUCCUGUUCUCUGGCCUCACCAGACGGUCUUCAUCUUCAGGGGCGCUGCUGGAGCCGGAGACUGGGCCCGUGGAAGAAGCCGAGUUGCAGGCCUUUCCAGAUGGCAGGCCAGAGGCCGAGCUGGUAGAGACUGUGGGGACCAGGCAGGAUGAGAUAGAGCAUCUGCAGGCCUCAGUACCACCAGACAGCGUCCCCAGCCUGCAGAGCAUGGGGCUUCUGCUGGACAGGCUGGCCAAGGAGAACCAGGAUAUCCGGUUCCUGCAGGCUCAGCUGCAGGCCCAGAAAGAAGAGCUUCAGAGCCUGUUGCACCAGCCCAAAGGCCUGGAGGAGGAAAAUGCCCGGCUCCGAGAAGCCCUGCAGCAGGGCAAGACCUCCCACCAGGCCCUAGAGUCAGAACUGCAGCAGCUAAGGGCCCGACUCCAAGGGCUAGAGGCUAACUGUGUCCGGGGCGUAGAUGGGGUGUGUCUCACCUGGGGUGGAGGUCCACAGGGGGGCAAGGCCACCAAGGAACAAGGCCACAAGGGGCAGGAACCAGACCCCAGUUUAUUGGAGCAGCAUAAACAGCUCGAGGCUGAGGCCAAGGCCCUGAGGCAGGAGCUGCAGAGACAGUGGCAGCUGCUGGGUUCUGUGCACCGUGACUUGCAGAGGGGCUUGCAGGAUGCUGGCCAGGGGGCCCCAGCUCACGCCAGCCUGGCUGAACUUGGUCACAUGUUGGCGCAGACAUUGCAGGGCCUCGAGAAUCAGGGUAUUAACACUGGCAGGUCCUCCAACGACUCGGAGGCCUGGCACCAGAAGAAGCCUCACUUCCAGAAUCCCAGGGAGUGGAGUGGGAAGGAGAAGUGGCGAGGCGGGCAGAGGGACCAGAAGGCUGAGCACUGGAAGCCGAGGAAGGAGGAGUCUGGCCAGGAGAGGAGGAGGAGUUGGAGGGAUGAGGGCAGGGAACUCAGGGGUCACUGGAGGGAGGAAGAUUCAGGGAGCAGGAAGGACGGCAAGCGACAGGACCCCAAGGUCCACCCUAGGAAAAGUGGGAGCCCCCACUCUGGAGAAAGGCAGAAGCAUUCUUGGGGGAAAGACAACAGCCCUGAUGCCCUGUCCUCCUGGGCGGAGCUCCUGAGACGCAAGUACCGGCCCCCUCAGGGCUGUUCAGGUGUGGCGGACUGUGCCCGGCGAGAGGGCCUGGCCCUCUUUGGCGUGGAGCUGGCCCCCGUGCGGCAGCAGGAGCUGGCCUCUGUGCUGACAGAAUACCUGGCCCGGCUGCCCUGGGCUGGGCAGCUGACCAAACAGCUGCCCCUCUCACCUGCUUACUUUGGAGAAGACGGUGUCUUCAGGCAUGACCGCCUUCGCUUCAGGGAUUUUGUGGAUGCCCUGGAGGACAGCCUGGAGGAGGUGGCGCUGAGACACACAGGUGACGACGAUGAAGUGGAUGACUUUGAGGACUUCAUCUUCAGCCACUUCUUUGGAGACAAGGCCCUGAAGAAGAGGUCAAGAAAGGAGAAGCACUCCUGGAACCCCAGAGUGGUGGGGCCCAGGGAAGAGCACAGCCGCCACCAGCACCACUCCCACCAAGGCUGAGCCCCGCCCCCGCCGCCACAGCCUGCCUUGGCAUGCGCCCAGCUCCAGAUGCCUGGAAUUAUGUGACCCUAGAAGCUCUGCUCCCACUGUCCAGCGGGCCCCUCCUGGCUCGUUAGUGCCCUUGAAUGUCCUUCACAGGAGAGAGCAAAGCACUUGGCCCUGCACUGGUACCACAUCUGCUUAAAAAAAAAAGUCCAUCGUUGGCGC